AUGAGCGCAAGAAAUCAGGGUAACCGCGGAGGUCGUGGUCGUGGGAGAGGAAGAGGCAGCCCUGCAGCCUCUAUCGCAGGACCCGACGCCGGGCUCGGCGGCAGAGGCGGCGGUGGCGGCGGCAAUCCAAGAGGACAAGCACCCGGAGGACGUGGCGGCGGAUUCCCUGGAGGACCUCCUGGAGGAGGUCUUGCCAGAGGCUUCGACACCCGUGGACGUGGAGAUCGUGGCCGUGGCGGACCCGGCCGCGGAGGAGCGCGCGGGUCAGGAGGGCCCGUUCGUGUCUUCGCUGCCGCGACGCCUGCAGUGGUCGAUAACCGCUUGGCCACCGCUGACCAGCUAGUUACAGCCUUUAAGCGGCUGAACGUGCGCGAUGAGAUGCCCGUGCGGCCUGGCUGGGGUACUUUGGGUAUGGAGACCAAAGUUAGGGUGAACUUCUUCGCUGUUAAGGUGACAAAGAACAUCGUAUACGACUAUGAUGUCUCUAUCACUCCAAAGGCGCAGGCAGGUGCGGAGCGCAAGGCUCGCAUCUUUGAAAUCUUGGAGAGUAACCCUCUCUAUGCUCCCCAUGUGCGCUACGUUGCCCAUGACCGUAGUCAGAGACUUGUCUCUGCAACGAAGCUCCCCCAGCCCCUCUCGAUAACCGUUCCUUACGUUGAGGAAGGGGCUACAGCUCCGCGUCCCAAUGCUCUCGUGUUCACAGUGGAGAUUAAGCUUACUCGUGAGCUCGACAUGCGUGAGCUGAAUACUUACAUGGAUGGCCGCCCAGACCAUAGCGACGAUGAUACAGCUCCCAUGAUCUCCGCUUUGAAUAUCGUGUUACAGCAGCAUGCAGCCUCGCAUGGCACCCGCGUGGGUAAAAACAGGUACUUCUUCCCGACUUCAGAUCGGUAUCCGCUCUCGCUCGGGCUUGAAGCAUGCAGGGGCUUUUUCAUGUCGGUUCGCCCAACGUACAAGCAACUGAUGGUGAACGUCAAUGUCUGCAUGACCGCAUUCUAUAUCCCUGGAAAUCUCGCGGACGCGAUGAUUGCCUUCAACAGGUCCUCUGGGGGAAUGCCCAACUCAUUUACUCAGAAGCUCAAGGUGUCGACCAGACAUCUCGGUUACACGAGGAAGAGAACGGUCCAGGCUGUCAUGAGCACUACUGCUCGUCAGACGCGUUUCCAGUGCGACGAGUUGAACGGUGUAGUCACGGUGGAACAGUAUUUUCAGCGAAAGCACGGAAUUCGCCUCGAUCAUGCCCAUGAUCUGCCGGUCAUCAACGUCUCCGCUGACAGGAAUAAACCAAACUACCUCCCUGCAGAAAUUUGUGAAAUUUUUUCUAAUCAGCCAUACCGUGGCAAGUUGGGUGACCGCGAGACUGCGGAAAUGAUCAAAUAUGCCUGCAAUCCACCGUACGUGAAUGCAGAAACCAUCGUAAACCAGGGAUUCCCAGCUUUAGGUCUACGUCCGGACGCACAGGGAGUGCCUCUACAGGACUUUGGAAUCACGGUGAACCCGGAGAUGGCUAUCGUCCCCAGCCGCGUCCUUCCUGCUCCGAAAGUCACGUACAAGUUAGGGAGUCCCAACGUUCGCGAUGGGAGCUGGAACAUCCUGAAUGUGAAACUUCAUGUCGGCGGAGAUAUGAGGAACUGGGCAGUUCUCCUAGUCCAGGACGGAGGCGAUGGGGAGUUCACUGGAACGAACGAUCCUGCGCUGCGGCAGUUCGUAGAAACGUUCUCCGCGAAGUGCAGAUCAAGUGGAAUGAACGUUCCGGGAUUGCCCACUCCCAUUGCGACGUCCCCGUUACCACAUCCGCGAGAUGACCCAUCAAGGACUCAAGCAUUGGAGCAGAUUCGGAAGGCGAUAACGCAGAAACUCGAUAAAAAUAACAAACCCAGCUUCGUGCUUGUUUUGCUAUCCAAGUUCGACAACUACAUCUAUCCCGGUAUCAAGAAACUCUGCGACACUGUGCUUGGUAUACAUACCGUCCACAUGCAAUUGAAGAAGGCCAGAGUCGAGUCGAACAAGCAGGAUCAGUACUUCUCAAAUGUUGCACUCAAAGUGAACGCCAAGCUUGGGGGUAUGAACCACUUGCUGGACCCGCUGGCGAUGAAAUGGUUAACGGAGAAGAGGACGAUGCUCGUGGGCAUCGAUGUCACGCAUCCUGGGCCCACGAGCAAGCCAGGUGCUCCAUCGAUUGUUGCUGUUGUCGCCAGCGUGGACGACAAGUUCGUACAAUUUCCUGCAAGUCUGCAGCCUCAGAAGCCCGAUUGGAACAAAGAUGCCAAAGAGAUGGUAGAGAAACUGGAUGACCUGAUGGUAGAACGACUACUCCUCUAUCAAAAGAAAAACAAGUCUCUCCCAGACCGUAUCUUUGUAUAUCGCGAUGGCGUAUCAGAGGGACAGUACAAUUUGGUCCUUCAGCACGAACUUCCGAAACUUCUGGCUGCUUUUAAAAAGAUCUCCCCGAAGGCGCCAUACCGCCCGAAAUUGAUGAUCACAAUUUGCGGUAAAAGACAUCACGCACGCACUUAUCCGACGGACCCUAAGUUCAUGGAUCGCAAGGGCAACACUCCGCCUGGGACGGUAAUCGAUAAAGGUAUAACGGACGUAUAUAGGUUCGAUUUCUACUUGCAGGCGCAUGCUGGACUGCAAGGCCAAGUCCGUCCCACGCACUAUGUGGUCAUCUACGACGAACAGCAUUUGUCCGCAGACCAGCUGCAGCAGGGGACACAUACGGCCAGCUAUGGUUACGUGCGUGCGACGAAGGCAGUGAGCUUGGUACCCCCGGCUUACUAUGCUGAUCUUGCGUGCGAGAGGGGGAGAUCUUACAUCAACUCGAUCAUGGAAGCAGGAGAAGACAAGACUUCAACGAGAGGUGGCAGAGAGACCAUGGAAGAGCAGAAGCAACGCGUUUACGACCAGGCUAUGAGGUUGUGGGGCAAUGGGGUUCAUGUCGACUUGAGGGAGAGUAUGUUCUACAUCUGA